UCGCUUUGUUGGCGUUGCGUCAGUUGCGUGUCAGCGCGUUGCGUUGGUCACUGCUGUCCAAGCUGUGCAUCCUACGUUGAGCACUUUAAUUUAAUCCUAGUGUGUUUCUACCACCAAGGUCUCGCUUGCGAUGCCUCAGUCUCAGCAGAACAACGACGCAAACGUCGUUAGCGGGCAGGGUGACGAGCAGGUACAAAAAAGUGCUACACAGCUGAAAAAGGAGGCAAAGAAGAAGGAAAAACUGGAAAAGUUCAAGCAAAAGCAAGAAAAGCUAGAGGGCCAACAGCCAAAAGCAGAUAAAAAGCCAAAAGAAAAGAAGGAAAAGGAAGUGAUAAUUUAUGACAAGGCAACGGCUCCUGGAGACAAGAAAGAUAUCUCAGGCCCGAUGCCAGACGCUUACAGUCCACAGUACGUGGAAGCAGCCUGGUAUGCUUGGUGGGAGAAGAGCAAAUUCUUUAAACCAGAAUAUGGUGAACGGGAUCUGAGAGCACCGAACGAGAAGGGCCGUUUCGUUAUGGUGAUACCACCUCCGAACGUCACGGGAAGUUUGCACUUGGGCCACGCACUCACGUGCGCCGUAGAGGACACCCUUACGCGGUGGCACAGAAUGAAGGGACGUACUACGUUGUGGAACCCUGGCUGCGACCACGCUGGUAUUGCCACCCAAGUGGUGGUCGAGAAGAAGCUGUGGCGGGAAAAAAAGCAGACCCGCCACGACAUUGGCCGUGAGGCAUUUAUUCAGGAAGUGUGGAACUGGAAGAAUGAAAAAGGGGACCGUAUCUAUGAGCAGCUGCGCCUCAUGGGGUGCUCCGUCGACUUCGAGAGGGCGACGUUCACCAUGGAUGCCAAAUCGAGUCGAGCAGUAACGGAAGCUUUUGUGCGCUUGCAUGACGAGGGCCUCAUCUACCGUUGCAACCGUCUGAUCAACUGGUCCUGCUCCUUGCGUUCAGCGAUUUCAGACAUCGAGGUUGACAAGAGGGAAUUGACUGGCCGCACCCUUCUCCCUGUUCCUGGAUAUACAGAAAAAGUCGAGUUUGGAGUCUUGGUGUCAUUCGCCUAUCCAGUGGAAGGUUCUGACGAAGAAAUAGUUGUUGCAACUACACGUAUUGAAACCAUGCUCGGAGACACAGCUGUGGCAGUGCACCCUGAGGAUGCUCGAUACAAACAUUUACACGGAAAGAAUGUCAUCCAUCCUUUCUGUGACCGGAAGUUACCCAUUGUUUGUGACGAUUUUGUGGACAUGCAGUUUGGCACAGGGGCUGUAAAAAUCACUCCUGCUCAUGACCACAAUGACUAUGAGGUGGGAAAAAGACACAAUCUGCCCUUCAUCACCAUGAUUGAUGAUAAUGGAAACAUAUGUUCCGGUUGUGGUCCAUUCUCUGACAUGAAACGGUUCGACGCUCGUAAGGCCGUGCUCGCCACGUUGAAGGAGAAAGGUCUCUACAGAGACACAAAAGACAACCCCAUGGUUGUGCCAAUCUGCAGUCGGUCCAAGGAUGUUGUGGAACCACUCCCCAAGGUCCAGUGGUUUGUGAACUGUGCUGCUAUGGCUGACAGAGCGGUCAAGGAUGUUCGGGAAGGGCAACUCAAGAUCAUCCCUGAGCAGCAUGUGAAGAUCUGGAACUACUUCCUGGAGAACAUAAGGGACUGGUGCAUCUCAAGACAGCUGUGGUGGGGCCACCGCAUUCCUGCAUAUUUUGUCGAAAUUGAGUCCCAACCUGCACCGCCGGGAGCUGCAAGCAGCAACGACUACUGGGUGAGUGGCCGCACGAAGGAAGAAGCUGCCGAGAAGGCUGCCAAGAAAUUUGGAGUGCCAGUGGAGAAAGUGACACUAACACAAGAUGAAGAUGUCCUUGACACGUGGUUCUCAUCUGCAUUGUUCCCAUUCUCCAUCUUUGGGUGGCCUGAACAGACCGAAGAUCUGCAAGCAUUCUACCCAGGUACGCUUCUUGAAACUGGACACGACAUUCUUUUCUUCUGGGUGGCGAAGAUGGUUAUGUUGGGGACCAAGCUCAUGGGACAACUACCAUUCACAGAAGUCCUUCUGCAUUCAAUUGUUCGAGAUGCCCACGGUAGAAAAAUGAGCAAGUCCCUGGGCAAUGUCAUCGAUCCCAUUGACGUCAUUCGGGGAAUAUCGCUUGAGGACCUUCACAAGCAGCUGCUCAACUCUAACUUGGAUCCAGGCGAAGUGGAGCGUGCAAAGCAGGGUCAAAAGCAGGACUACCCACGAGGAAUUCCAGAAUGCGGUACGGAUGCCCUGCGUUUUGCCCUGUGUGCCUACAUGUCUCAAGGAAGAGAUAUCAACCUUGACAUAAACCGUGUAGAGGGCUACCGGCAUUUCUGCAAUAAGAUCUGGAACGCCACCCGUUUUGCUCUGAUGUCUCUCGGGGAUGGAUUCCAGCCACAAGAGAUUGCCAAUGUGAAUGAAAAGGGAUCCCCAAUGGAUCGUUGGAUCUUGUCCAGACUUUCUGCCGCCACUGAAUUGUGUAACGCUGGAUUUGAGACGUACGACUUUCCGCAAGUCACAACUGCCAUUUACAACUUCUGGCUUUAUGAACUCUGCGACGUGUACCUGGAAUCCUUGAAGCCUGUGUUCCAGGGCAGUGAUGCAACUGCAAAGGCAGUAUCUGCUGAAGUACUCCUGACAAGCCUUCAUGCGGCCCUUCGCUUACUACAUCCUCUGAUGCCGUUCCUCAGUGAGGAGCUCUUUCAGAGGUUGCCUAAAAGGCCCAAUGUAACAUCCCCUCCAAGCAUUUGUGUCCACAACUACCCAGAAGUUUCUGAUUUUCCACCCCGUGACGCUUCUUUGGAGAAGGACAUAGAGUUCAUGCAGGAACUCGUUCACAAGGUGCGCUCCCUCAGAUCUGACUACAACCUCACAAAGGCCAAAGUCGACAUGUAUGUAAAGUGUGCAGCAUCGGCUAGAGAAACAGUGAGCUCUUUGAGCGUCGUUAUCGGAACGCUCACCAACUCCUCGAAGGUGGAAGUCUUGAACGACGGACAGCAACCCCCCGUCGGCUGUGCUAUCACAACAGUGUCUGACUCCUGCCAGGCCUAUCUCUUACUGAAGGGCGUGGUGGACCCUGCUAAAGAGAUUGCACGGCUCGCUCAAAAGGACGAGAAGCUGCAGGCGCAGCUGGCCAAAUUGCGUGCAGCUAUGGAGGCACCUGAUUAUGCCACCAAGGUGCCCAGCGAAGUGCAAGCAGCAAAUGUAGAAAAGGUGCAACAAACUGAAGGAGAGCUUGUGAGGAUUACUGAAUCUAUUGCAACCCUCAAGCUAAUGGAAUAAUUGUAGAAGAUUGUGUUUGUGACUCUGCGAUCAACGGAACCUUUACUUAGGAAGAAUAUAUUUGCUUCAGCGAUG